CUCUCCUCAUUGCUGGUAGCCUACUAUAUUUAAACAGCUGCCUUAGAGCAGAGACAGGAUUUGAGGCUUGUAGUUUGGUUGGCUUUCCUGAUUGUACAGGCAUUUGCCUAAAGAUCCCACUUCUUCUCAUCAGACAUACUGCUGAAGGUAGACUCCAGGACCUAAAUGCUUCCAGAUAAAAAGAUGUACGCAUUAUUGACCAAACCCCAAAAUAAGAGUGGGUUCAAGCCACUGCCUGUUGUGAUCAUAGGGAAUGGUCCUUCAGGAAUCUGUCUGUCAUACUUGCUGUCAGGCUACAUCCCUUACUUCAAAAGAGACUCUAUUCAUCCUCAUCCCAUUCUUCAGAAGAAACUGGAAGAGGCACAAGAUAUCUCCAUUUUGGACCAGGAUUUGGAGUAUCUGUCUGAAGGCUUGGAGGGACGAUCCCACAGCCCUGUGGCUCUUCUGUUUGAUACUCUUCAGCGUCCAGACACAGACUUUGGUGGAACAGCAGAAUCUGUCCUCACUUGGUGGCAUGAGACCGACAGAGCCAUCCCCCAUGUGGUCCUUGGCAGAAAUGCUCCUGGAGGUGCCUGGCAUUCUAUUGAGGGCUCUAUGGUUACCCUGAGCAGAGGGGAAUGGAUGGGGCUCCCAGAUCUCCCAUUCAAAGACUGGCUAAAGCAAAAGAAAAGAGGCCUCAGAAAUAAUAGAGCCACAGCAGAAGACAUUGCUCAAUAUUACCAACACUAUGUGGUGAAGAAAGGACUGCAGAAGAAUUUCAGAUGCAGUACUGUUGUGACCUCUGUGAGGAAAGUGAGUGCAGAUAGCAUCUCCAACCACACACAAGAAGAUUGGCAAGAGAAUACUGAUGACUCAGUCUGGAACUUCAAAGAGAAAAGCACAGAGGUCUUUCAGGUGGAUGGCUUUUUCAAAACUAUGAAAGGUGAUAAAGAACCCUUCUCCAUCUAUGCUGAGAAAGUGGUCUUAGCCACAGGAACAUAUGAUAGUCCUACUUGGCUUGGGGUCAAGGGAGAGAACCUUUCCUAUGUCCAUCACCAGCUGUCUGCCCUAGAGGAAGCAGUAAAAAAUAACAGCAUUGGCAUCAUGUCAGAUCCAGUCUUGAUUGUAGGUGCUGGUCUGACAGCUGCUGACGCGAUUCUCUUUGCUCACCAUUGCAAUAUUCCAGUAAUCCAUGUUUUCCGGAGAAAAGUCAGUGAUCCAGGUCUUAUUUUUAACCAACUCCCCAAAAUGAUGUACCCUGAAUACCACAAAGUCCAUCAGAUGAUGAAAGAACAGUCAGCUGCUUGUGCAGGGUCCUACGAAUGUUAUGUUAGCCUUCCUGAACAUCAUGUGCUAUCCUUUGGCAAGGACAAGAAAUGUAUCUUUCAAGAUAAGAAUGGCCACCAGAAAGUUUAUAAAAUUUCCAUGGCUCUUGUUUUGACUGGCUCAAACCCCAGCCUCUCCUUUCUGCCAAAUAAUGGCAUUGACUUGGCAAUGAACAGCAGCCAACCAGUCAAUCCAAAGAGGAAUCCCAUAGAUGUUGACCCAUUCACCUAUGAGUCCACUCAGCAGAAAGGACUUUAUGCUCUAGGACCUUUAGCUGGAGAUAACUUUGUACGUUUUGUACAAGGAGGGGCUCUGGCUGUUGCCAGCUCUCUGGUAAAGAAAGCCAACAAAAAUCCCCCCUAACAAAUAACAUCCCUAUGCUGUGUCUGAAUGGGUCACUGCUGUUUUCUUGAAGAAGCAACUCAUCUGAUUUGUACGUCCUCAAAUGUAAAGCCUAUACCUGGUAUUCUCCAGGGUUCUGCAGAAAGUUAGUAAGUUCUUGCUGAGUUAUUUGAGGAAAUUAAGUUACCAAAUAGAGUGGGUUUCACAUAUGGUAGUGUCUUCAACCCCUGGGGAUUCAGCUCCUUGCAUGCAUAGCUGUGCAUAAAGGCUGCAGGGGCUUUGGAUCUUGUGCCUGGAAAAGUAGAGGGCAAGACAGUGAUUGCUUUUCUUUGUAACACCUUCCAGAUUACUGACAAUUGAAUUGGGGAACAAUCAAUGUUUAUUAUUUCCAGACAGCAGGCUGACGACCCUGUGUGUGUCCAUGUCAUACAGUGUUUUUUUCAGUAAAUGAACUAAGCUGUUGUGGUUUUAUUUGCUCCUGUGCCUUGGCUGUAUGGUCUUAUUAGACCAGAAAUGACUGACAGAUUCUUCAGGUACCUCUCUGACAUGUGAAGUGGUACUCCUCAAAUCAAAACUGACAUCAAAUAGUCAAACUGUAUUGUCUCACUGACAGCAGCAGCAAGCAAUAUGUAGUAUCUUUUUAAUCAUUCCUGUGAUGAUGUUUUUUCCUUCUUGAGAAGAAAUGGUACUGAUUUAUAAAUGCUUUGUUUACCAUCUUGCAGCUUCUACUUUCCAAAUCCUAAAACUGCAAUAGGCGAAUUCUUGGCAGCUGCUAUCAAAGACAGCAGAACUAAAGGGUGCUAUUAGUCUGUCUUGUAACCACCCAGGUACUGUAUGGGGCUUCUGCUGCACAGUGUUUCAGAAAGAUGCAAUAUGUUAUAUAUUAUCUGAAAUUCUAACGUGUUU